GCGGCUCCAGCCCAAACUCCAGUCCUCCAAGGUGCUAGAGAUGAGACGAGAUCGCCUCUCUACCACAGAGACGGCUGCCUAGACCUGCAGUCUUCCCAGACACAGUAGAGCGGAUAUAGAGACUAGACAGUACUGUCACACCUCCCGUCUAUUUUUUUGACUAUUUGGCGGGAGGAGAAGGCGGGGACAUCAUGGCUGAGGCUGGGUCUGGUUCAUUGGAACUUGGCUCGCAGAAUAGCUCAGAAGGCAGUUCUGGUGAUGCAGCUACAAAGAAGAAAAAAGUAACGACCGUGAUUAAAUCUCGUUACCUGCAGUAUGACAAGCCUAAGGUUGCAAAGAAACCACAAAAUGUGGCAAAUACAACAGUCUCUUCAGCUGGGAAAGUGCCAGAGAGGGGAGGAAGCGGCACUCCCACUCGCAGAUCUGUAGUGCCACAGAGGCAGAAAGCUCCUGUGCCACCUAAUGUAGCAGAUGGGAGCCUCUUUUGGAAGGAUGACUUACAGUCUACCUUAUUAGAUGGACACAAGAUUGCACGGCCAGAGCUAGACUUCUCUGUUAUUAAUGAAAAAACAAUGCAAAAACUGACCCCAAAGUCCUUAUCGACAUCUGAACAGAGGAAACCUAAGAGAGAGUGUGCUCUUACAGUCAAUAUUCCCGAAGAUGUAACGGACAUGUAUGAAUCACAAACCUUGUUGCUUACAUAUCUGACCGUGAAGAUGCAGAAAAAUAUGAAACGUCUGGAAGAGAAAGCAGAACAUAAUCUCUUCCUAGCAAAUGAGGAGAAGAACCAACUGCAGGAGAAAGUGUACAAGCUGAGACGGGAUUUAUUGCUAAAUCAAAGAGAAGAGCAGCUCCAUAACUUGCUUGAGAAGCAGGCUGAAACUCUGGCGCCCUCUUCUGCAGCCAUGGAGCAGUUCAAAGACAACUACACAUCUUUUGCCACAGCUGUGGACUGCACAAGGCAUCAACUGCCUAUAAAAGAUAUCCAUGUUAUUGGCACCCGUCAGAAAUACCUGGAGGAGAUUCAGAAACCGCUAAGUGCAACUAAAUGUCUUCUUGAAGAGACCAUGUCUUGCUCAACUGAUGUAAAUGUAGUGGACUUGUGCAGCACAAUCAAGAAUUUGCAAGACACUGUGCUCAAGACUGAUGGAGAGCUUUCACGGAGUUCACGCCAGGUCCUGGAUUUGUCAUUCAAAGUGAACAAAGAAAUAGCUCUACAGAGCCAGAAGUUGUUGGAGGAAAAUUGUGAAGUGGAGGUGGUCCGGCAGUGGUAUUUUGACCAGGCAGACAUUUAACUUUGAACACUGUAACUUUUCUUAAUACACCUAGAGCACUUAUGGUUUUUCACAUGUAAUAAAUUAUUUUUUAAAAGAA